GUGAAAUGUUCAGUCAUGUUCCAAAGACACUUAUAAAGUCCCUGGAGUUCAUUAUUCGUUGUAAUUCUGUAGGUAAUAUCUAUUAUAGACAGCGGUAAUAGAAAGAAUGUCAGCUUGCAUUAACUGUCGAGGAUACCUAAAUAACCAUGACAUUUACUUCUGUGUGAAAAUUUUGUGAUGUCUGACAGCGGUUCUUGUGUGCUGCGGGAUGUGACUCUCUGCUCGCCAGUAGGAGAAAUCCUGCUGAAAGGCUGUGAGAAAGGAGUUCAUACCAUUAAUAUAAAACUGGGAACAGACAAGGAGGAGAGUGUACAGCCUGUUGGCAAGUCAGAAAUGAGUCCUGAGUUACAGCGCUGUGUUGACUGGCUUCAGUGCUACUUCAUGAAACCUGAGUCUGUCAGUGCACUUCCUUUCCCUUCCUUCCACCAUCCGCUAUUGCAAAGUGACUCUUUUACAGCACAUGUGCUGUGGACUCUGUUUAAGGAAGUGGAACUCGGUAAAACGGUCUCCUACAAGCAGCUUGCCGAAAUGACUGGGAAUCCAAAAGCUGUGCGAGCCGUGGGUUCAGCCAUGAGGAAUAACCCGAUUCCCCUGAUAGUGCCGUGCCACCGGGUGCUGCGUAGUUCAGGGGACAGUGGUUCAUAUAUGGGAGGAAAGGGAGAUGAUAUUAAAGUUUGGUUGCUCACUCAUGAGAAAAAAGUAUUGGAGCUCAAUGCAUCAAAGAGUGAAAAAUCCAUCUGAUGGACCCCCAAACCACUUCACACUGCUUUUCAGUUCAUUCACAAGCUUUUUGUUUAUUAUAUUUUCUGAUUUCCGAUUGAUUGGACAAAUUAUAUUCAGCUUUGGCAAACAGAAUAUUUGGCAAACAAAAUAUUUGUUAUAAUUCAUAUAUAACUAUAUGUCUGUAUUUGUAAAUCUUGUAGGAAUAUGUUAGAAAUAUGUUAGAAUUAAGCAGGUGGUUUGAAUAGUUGUAGAGUUACAUUGACAUUGUCAAAAUGUGAUUUGAAAAAUCGUUUACUUAUAAAUACACUGUUUAAUCCAAAGGAUUAUGGAGAAAUAUUUGAAAGAAAUUGUCUUUUUUUUAGAUAGUUAUUUUGAUAUUUUUGCAGAAAGUUGUUUUGUAUUUUUAUAUUUCAUAUCUCAUUGUAGAGUGCAUAUAAGAAAUGUUUUAAGCAAAUAAACAGCUCUCUAA